AUGGAGCAUCUGCCAUGGGUCGGACCAGUGCUUCGUCCGUCCUUGGAUCGCGUCUCCAGGAGCGGCUGCGUGGCAAACAGGAUGGGCUUACUUGGGAGCAAAAACCAGCUGAUGUCCAAUGAGAAAUGCACUUCUGGAAGCAAUCCAAAACACAAGAGUAAACCUCCUCCUGCCCCACCCAAGGGCAGACAAUUUAUCAACAUCCCUCAUCUAAACCAAGCCUCUGUACAAGAAAACGUCAUUGUGAUUGCACUGUACGACUUUGCUGCCUCAAGCGACCGUGAUCUGGAGCUGGUCAAGGGGGAGAAACUCCAAGUCCUCUCCAACGAGGGGGACUGGUGGCUGGCAAAAUCCCUCAGCACUGGGAAGAAAGGCUACAUCCCCAGCAACUUUGUUGCACAAGUGGACAGCUUGGAAGAAGAAAAGUGGUAUUUUAAAACUCUGAGCAGAAAAGAUGCUGAACGGCUGCUGUUGUCUUCUGGUAACAAAGUUGGCUCAUUCCUUGUCAGAGAGAGUGAGACCAGCAAAGGUGCCUAUUCCUUGUCCGUGAGAGACAGCGACUCUGCUCACGGGGACAUCAUCAAACACUACAGGAUCCGCUCCUUGGAUGGCGGGGGUUAUUACAUCUCCCCCAGGACGACGUUCACCAGCCUGCCAGAGCUAAUCCAUCAUUACAGCCAGAAGGUAGACGGCCUGUGCCAGAGGCUCACAGCUCCCUGCAUAUCCCUGGUUCCGCAGAGGCCCUGGGCACAGGACGAGUGGGAGAUCCCGCGGGAGUCUCUGAAACUUGUGAAGAAACUCGGCAGUGGGCAGUUUGGGGAAGUGUGGAUGGGCUACUACAAGAACAACAUCAAGGUGGCUGUGAAGACCAUGAAGGAGGGCAGCAUGGAUCCUGACGCCUUCUUGGCAGAGGCAAACCUGAUGAAGAGGCUCCAGCAUAACAAACUGGUCCGGCUAUAUGCGGUGGUCACAAAGCAGCCAAUCUACAUUGUGACAGAGUACAUGGCCAAUGGGUGUUUGCUGGAUUUCUUGAAGACAGAAGAAGGAAGCCAGCUGAAUCUCCCAAAACUCAUUGAUAUGUCUGCUCAGGUGGCAGAGGGGAUGGCAUACAUCGAGCGAAUGAAUUCCAUCCACCGUGACCUGAGAGCCGCCAACAUUCUCGUCUCGGAGACGCUCUGCUGCAAAAUUGCUGAUUUUGGCCUGGCCAGGAUCAUCGAGGACGAAUACUUGGCGCAAGAAGGGGCCAAGUUCCCGAUCAAAUGGACGGCGCCGGAGGCCAUUAACUUUGGAGUUUUCACCAUCAAAUCCGACGUCUGGUCUUUUGGGAUCCUCCUGACUGAAAUCAUAACCUAUGGCAGGAUCCCCUACCCAGGGAUGACCAACCCCGAGGUGAUUCGCAACCUGGAGCGGGGCUACCGCAUGCCCUGCCCGGACAUGUGUCCUGCCGAGCUCUACAACAUCAUCCUGAAAUGCUGGCGGAACAAGCCCGAGGAGCGCCCGACCUUUGAGUACCUGCAGUCGGUCCUUGAGGACUUUUACACGGCCACGGAGAAGCAGUACGAGCCGGAGCCGCAGCUGUAG